AAUCCGUGCUGCUGUCUGCAUAGUAAAACACCUCCAAAAGGAGCUAAGAUUCCCCAGCCCUAGAUACAAAGUAGAGGAUGUUUCCAUCUUGCUGGAGUCCUUCAAGGGCCUCCUUCUCGCGCCUGGCGGCCUUCCCGGCCUCCUUUCUGCCUCGCUUCGGCUCCUCCAUGGCGGCCAACCCCCUCGUCCUCUUCGCCCCCUCCGGCCGCAGCCUCUUCGACGAGCCGCUACGCCUCUCCGUGGAAGGCCUGAGGCCGGGGCAGGAGGUGACCCUGGAGGCCUCGCUGGAGGACGAGCGGCAAGAGCUCUUCGAGGCGCGGGCCUUCUACCGGGCCGACGCCGAGGGCCGCUUGGAUGUCAGCCGCUCCCCGGCGCUGGAGGGCGAGGGCGGGAGCUUCUCGGGCCUGGAGCCCAUGGGCCUGCUCUGGUCGCUGCGGAGGCCCAUGCGGCGCCUGGUGAAGCGCGACGUGCAGACCCCCUUCCUGCUGAAGGUCGACGUGCGCGGAGGAGGGCCUUCUGAGGGCCCGGGCCCGGUCCUCGCCCGCGGGACCCACGAGAGGGCCUUCCUGGGAGAAGGGACCCGCCGGAUCCCCGUCAGGGAAGGCGCCCUCCGAGGCACCCUCUUCCUCCCGCCCGGUAAUGGUCCCUUUCCUGGAAUCAUUGAUCUUUACGGAGCUGGAGGAGGUCUCCCUGAAUACCGAGCGUGUUUGUUGGCCAAUCGUGGCUUUGCCAUGUUUGCACUGGCCUAUUAUGGCUAUGAAGGUCUUCCCAAGCAGCUAAAGGAUUUACGUCUGGAGUAUUUUGAAGAAGGUGUAAAUUACAUGCUAAAACACCCAAUGGUCAAAGGCCCAGGAAUUGGGCUGCUUGGACACUCCAAAGCAGGUGAUCUCUGUGUCUCUAUGGCUUCUUUCUUGAAAGGUAUAACAGCGAUAGUCACAGUUAAUGGCUCUGUAGUUAAUGUUGGUGCAGCCCUGCACUACAAGGACAUCACCAUUCCUCCUAUUGGCGUUGACACAAAACGAGCCAAAUUUGACAGCGCUGGGGUUGCUGACAUUAUUGACGUCCUGGAAGAUCCACUUGAGGGUGAGGGGCGCAAAAGCUUUAUUCCACUGGAGAGGGCUGAGGGACGCUUUCUUUUCAUUGUCGGCCAGGAUGACCAUAACUGGAAGAGUGAAUUCUAUGCAAAUGAAGGCUCUAAACGUUUGCAGGCUCAUGGAAAAUCAAAACCAGAGAUAAUCUGCUAUCCUGGAGCAGGACAUUACAUUGAGCCACCUUAUAUGCCCUUCUGCGCAGUUUCCAUGCAUUUCUUGGUGGGCAGCCCCGUGAUUUGGGGAGGAGAGCCUAGGGCUCAUGCAGCAGCACAAGAAGAUGCUUGGCAGCAGAUUCAGGCUUUCUUCCACAAGCAUCUUGGUGGUGAACAAGGUGCAAAAGAAAGCAGAUUGUGAGAGCUUUGGUCCCGAGAUAUGUGUUUCAAGAUGGAUGCAAGAAGGCUGUAUAUUCUGCUAAGCAAGAUGUUGAUGAAAUAAAGUUGGCAUGUGUGAAGUGUAAGCUUGUGGAGGGAGACUGAUGGGAAAGCCCAAUACUCACCCGCCUACAAAUUUGUGCCUUAAACUCACCACCUUAAACUUUGUGCUUAAACUAGCCAUUCUUAUUGAUGUUCAGCAGACUGACAGAAGAGUCUGCUGACAGUGUCUGGGAAGAUUUGCAGGAUGACCUAGUUGCAUUGCCAAGGUGAAAAGUUGUAUUCGCUUAUAAUAUACAGAUUGGUUCUUUCUGGUUUUGUUUCUUUUUGCUUCUUACUCAAAAUAACAAUUCCUCACAUCAAGUUGUAUAUCCAAAUCAAUUUGGGUAUGAACUAACCCGUUGAACAUACCAUUUGGUGGGAUGUGUACAAAAUUUAAAUGAAAGAGGUAUACCCUCUUUUCCUCCUUUUUGGGAGGGAAAAUUAACAUUUUAUCAGCACUUGGAUAAUGUUUAAAAUGCUGUCACUGUUAGCUUUCAAAGGUAAUUUCAGACAUAGCAAUUUUACUUUUAACUUCAAAGUGUUUGCAAAUCCAAGUUAGUGCCCUCCAGUUUAGCUCUGUUUUGUGUUCUCAUAAAGUAAUGAUUAAAAUGAAAUUGCACUGUAACUUAUUACGGUUUCUAAAUAAAAUCAACAUUGAGAU